GCUCAGGAUGGUCAUGGCUGGGGCAGCUGCGCAGCAAGGGGGCAGGAGGGCACCAGGAUGGUGUGGGAGCCCCCAGAGCCCACAGCAGGAACCCAGGCCCAAGGGGGAUGGGCUUAGUGGAGGUGGAGUGGGUCAUCUUCUUCUUCCCUCUCUCUGCUUCUGAGACACAGAGCCACGAAGGAAAGUGUUCUAGAUCCUUCUAUUACCUGGCAUUGCCAGCCAGCCUCUGGAUUCCCAAGGGGUCUGCUUCCUCCACCUGCACACCCCAAGUUCAGACCCUGAUGGAUGACCUGGGGUGCACGAGCUUGCCUUGGGGCUGGGGAUGCCCUGGCGUCGUCUGGCCGUCAGCCCCGCACCCCGGGCCUUUGUUUCUGGCUGCAGAGACGUGCACCAUGACCCCUCAGGAACGGGUCAACUGUGGCUUCCCCGGCGUCACGGAGUCUGAGUGCAAGAGCAAGGGCUGCUGUUUUAACAGCGACAUCACUGGCUUCCCCUGGUGCUUCUACCCCGUGGCUGUCGACAAUCCCGUUGAAGAGGAGUGCCCCUUCUAGCGGCCCACCUGCUCGGACGCCCCCGCUGGGACCUGCCUGUAUAUCUCACCCACCCCACCGACUGACGGUGCCGGUCCUCCUCUGCCUGACACCGGUGCUGAGCCCUGCACGGACAGACCCCAAGACCCCUCACAGUCUGCCCCUCCGGCUUCUAGUCCCUCCAUUGGUCUCGAAGAUUAAAAGAAGAUGAAUGUG